AUGAAAUUUUAUUUUUGUUUAACUAUCUUUAUUAUAAUAAAUACAAUUGUAAUUGAAGCAAAUAGUUUUUUCCAUUCUUUGUAUAUAAAACAAAAAGAUUAUUGCUUAAAUAUAUUUGAUAAUAAAAAAUAUGAAUUAUGUUUUAUUUUAAAAAAUAAUAAAAAGAGCAUACUUAAAUAUAACAAAAAACAUAAUUUAAAAAAUUUUGAUACAAAAGAUGAAGUUCCUAAAAUUGAACCAAGGCUAAGAUUUGCUCCAAGUCCUACUGGCUAUUUACAUAUUGGAGGAUGUAGAACCUUUUUAUAUAAUUAUAUUCUAUCAAAACAAAUGAAAGGAGUUUUAAUAUUAAGAUUUGAAGAUACAGACAUAAAAAGAAAUACCAGAGAAUCACUAAGUGAAAUAAUUAAUGACUUAAAAUGGUUAAGACUAAACUGGGAUGAAGGACCAGAUAAGGGAGGGUUAUUUGGACCAUAUAAGCAAUCUGAAAAAGUAGAAGUUUAUAGAAAAAUAGCUCAUGAAUUUGUCAAACAAGGAAAAGCUUAUUUCUGCUUUUGUUCAAAAAAUGAAUUAAAUGAAAAAAAAGAAAAGGCAAAAAUGAUGAAAAAAAAGUAUACUUAUGAUAGAAAAUGUCGAUAUUUAAGUGAUGAAAUAAUUAAAAAAUAUUUAGAACAAAAUAAAUUAUACACCAUACGAUUUAAAUCACCAAUCAACAGAAGAAUUAUAUUAAAGGAUAUUUUAAGAAAUAAUAUUACGGAUGUUGUUAAUGAAGACUUUAUUAUACUGAGAAGUAAUAAGUUGCCAACAUAUAAUUUUUCAGCUUCUGUUGAUGACCAUCUAAUGAAAAUAACUCAUGUUAUAAGGGGUGUUGAACACAUUUCAAAUACGUUCAAGCAAAUUUUAAUAUUAGAAUCAUUAAAUUCUAAUAUUCCAUUUUAUGCUCAUAUACCGGUUAUAACAACUCCAGAAAAAAAAAAGAUCAGCAAAAGGAAUAAUGAAUGCUUAAUUAGAAGUUUAAGGAAAGGAGGAUUUAAACAAGAAUGCGUAAUUAAUUAUAUGGCUACAUUGGGGUGGGGAAGCAUUUCUAAAAAAGAAUUUUAUACCAUGGAUGAAUUAAUAGAGAAUUUCAAUAUACACUUAUUAAAUAAAUCUUCAGUUGUAUUUGAUAUAAAAAAAUUAAAAUGGAUGAAUAAAAAAUAUUUGUUAGAGCAAGACAUUGAAACAUAUAUAAAUGAAGCAGAAGAAUAUUUAAUUAAUGAUAAAAUAUUAAAAAAUGGAAAUAAAGAAUUUGUUGAAUUAUGUAUAAAUAUCUUUAAAAAUGAUGUACAUACUUAUGCAGAAUUACAAGAAAAUAUUUUAAAUGUUAUAUUAUAUAAUUAUUCCGAAAAUUGCAUAGAUAAAAAUGACACAAUAUUAAAAAAUAUCAGUGUUUUAUUAUAUUAUUGGUUUGAAAAGUACGAGAAUGAUGAUAAUUUAGAAUAUAUUUUUGAAAAAGAUUUUGAUUUAUUAAUUAGAGAUAUGAUAAAAAAUACUAAAUUAAAAAAGAAAGAAAUUUUAUUAAAAAUUCGUUUUCUUUUAACAUUUCAAAAUAGAGGAAUUCCAUUUAUAUUUUUAACAAAAAUUUGGAUAUCAGCAAAAAAAAAUAAUAUCCAAAAUUAUUUCUCUCUAAAAAGAAGAAUUCUAUAUAUAAAAGAAAUAUAUAAUAUUUAA